AGGCGCGCCUGGGAAAAAGGGCAGUAAUUCGGUUUUUGUCCUUAUUGUGGGCUUGUCUGCCUUAGGAACGGGUGCCUAUGUAAGUAGAAAGGUGGUUCCUGUGAGGAAGCCCCAGCCCAUCUCUCCUGUCGAGUGUUUGGUGUAUUCCAGCUCUCUUCACUCAGCUUUUGAUCUCUGCAGCUUUAUCUCUGUUUCCUCCUUCAGAAAACUUCAAGGGGAGCUAAAUGGAAAUUAACUUUUUUGCGAUUACUUGGGUUUAAACUGUAAUUUCAGUUACCUUUUAAGUUUUUUUACCUUAAAGGCACUCUUGUGGUUUUUUUUGUUAUGACCAGCCACAGCUCUGUCUGUUGUCAUGUAUGGGACAAACAGUUCCUUGUCAAAUCUCAGUUCAGAGCAUUUGUUUAAGUUGUGUAAGUAUACCAAACCGACCCCCAGCUGGGGAGCAUUUAUAUUCUACUUGGAAAGGAUAAAGGUUUGCAGCCUCACUGAAAGAGUAAAUGACAUUCCCAGAGAGCAUUGCCUGGGAGUAGAUAGAUCCCAAGUUUACACCACACAAAUCUUUGUUUCCAAGCUCUUUCUCUAGGAGGAUCAUAUUGAUUAACAGUUCUAAAUCCUAGUUUUCUCCUAAGGAAGUUGCUGGGAAAGGGGAAAAAAUUCAAAACAGUGAAUGGAAGAAAAAUAUUUUUGUAUUUCCUUUAAAAAUAAUUCUUUCCUGUGCCCUGCUGCCUUUUUUUUUCUGGCAGACAAGGUAGCUGAAAUUACAAAGCGCACUCUGCUUUUCCCAAGACCUGUCUAAUCAAGAAUCCUUCCUAAUGUUUAGCUCUUUCCCUCUUCUCUUCCCUCUUCUCUUCCAUUGCCUGUCUUCCCCUGCAGUUUUGCAAUGCCAUCAGCUAAGAUGCCCUUCUAGAUCCCUGACGUCUUCAGGUGUUCCUGGCAAAGCUGGCAGCAACCUCUUGUUAUACUUAAUAGUGGGAGGAACAGUCACUGGGACAGGAAUUUAUGUGUACAGAACUCUGCAGGAGAGCAAAGAGCGACAUGCCAGCCGCAUGGCCAGGAUGAGCAGGCGAUCCCAGGACGCUGCUGGUCCUGAGGGCACAGCAGCUCUGGACACUCCUGUCCAGGUCCCAUCCCACGUCCCUUUCCUGCUCAUUGGGGGAGGAACUGCUGCUUUUGCUGCUGCCAGGUCCAUCCGGGCCCGCGACCCCGGAGCGCGGGUGCUGAUUGUGUCUGAGGAUCCUGCCCUGCCCUACAUGCGCCCACCCCUUUCCAAAGAGCUGUGGUUUUCCGAUGACCCCAACGUGACAGAAACACUACGGUUCAAGCAGUGGAAUGGCAAGGAGAGGAGUAUCUAUUUCCAGCCGCCGUCUUUCUACGUGCCUGUCCAGGACCUGUCUUCUGUGGAAAAUGGUGGGGUGGCAGUUCUGCCUGGCAAGAAGGUUGUGCACAUGGAUGUCAGAGGGAACACAGUGAAGCUCAGUGAUGGGACCCAGAUAUCCUAUGACAAAUGUCUCAUUGCCACUGGGGGAACCCCAAGGAACUUGCCUGCCAUCGAACGAGCAGGAAAGGAUGUGCAGAAAAGGCUGACCCUGUUCCGAAAGAUCGAGGACUUCCGAAGGCUGGAGAAGAUUUCCAGGGAAGUCAAGUCCAUCACAAUUAUUGGUGGUGGUUUCCUUGGCAGUGAGCUGGCCUGUGCUCUGGGAAGGAGAGCACGAACCCGAGGCCUGGAGGUGAUCCAGCUGUUUCCAGAGAAAGGCAACAUGGGCAAAAUCCUGCCCGAAUACCUGAGCAACUGGACCACGGAGAAAGUCAGGAGAGAGGGGGUCAAUGUCCUGCCCAAUGCUGUGGUCAAAUCGGUGUCGGUCUCCGGGAACCGGCUGCUGAUUAAACUGAAGGACGGCCAGAAGGUGGAGACAGAUCACAUCGUGGCUGCAGUGGGCCUGGAGCCCAACGUGGAACUGGCCAAGUCAGCAGGGCUGGAGGUGGAUUCGGAUUUCGGGGGGUUCCGAGUGAACGCGGAGCUGCAGGCGCGCUCCAACAUCUGGGUGGCAGGGGAUGCUGCCUGCUUCUAUGACAUCAAACUGGGCCGGAGGCGUGUGGAGCACCACGACCACGCCGUGGUCAGCGGGAGACUGGCUGGAGAAAAUAUGACAGGAGCUGCAAAGCCCUACUGGCACCAGUCCAUGUUCUGGAGUGAUCUGGGCCCCAGUGUGGGGUACGAAGCCAUUGGCCUCGUGGACAGCAGUUUGCCCACAGUGGGAGUGUUUGCCAAGGCCACAGACAAGGACACGCCAAAAAGUGCAACAGAACAGUCAGGGACUGGAAUUCGAUCUGAGAGUGAAACGGAAGCGGAAGCCUCAGAAGUUCAGAUCUCUCAAAGCUCUUCACCAAUGCCUCAAGUCCCAAGGCAAGGAGAAGAUUAUGGCAAAGGUGUCAUUUUCUACCUCAGGGAUAAAGUCGUGGUGGGAAUUGUGUUGUGGAACAUCUUCAACAGGAUGCCCAUUGCUCGGAAGAUCAUCAAAGAUGGGGAGGAGCACGAGGACCUCAAUGAAGUAGCAAAGCUCUUCAACAUCCAUGAAGACUGAACUCUGCAGCAGGAACACCUGGAGGGAGCAGACUGCUGGCUCUGUGCUCCCCUGCACCUUGGGCAGCUUCCUGGGAACACUUGGGAAUAUUCCUCUCACCCAAGCCCAGUGUUUGCACCAAUAAAGUCAGAUUGUUCUAGUCA